UUCUCCCGCAAGCCAACUCAAGCCUUCUAGAACCACGACGUUUUCCCAGGCGUGGAAGCUCGGACUCCGGCGGGAGGUUCUUUCCUCUUGUAACAUCGCUCGAUUCUGGAACAUAUUGCUUGGUACUACCCAAUCAGCCUCUCUCAUAUAUUGAGAUAACCAAAUAAGAGCAAGACCUGUCGUGGAACCACGAAGUUUCUUCUCCUUGGCGAGAUGCACAUCAUUACAGUAUGUGCGGUUUCGAUACCGAGACACAAAUCCCAUGACGAGCGGCCACGAGCUCGUCUCGAGGUUUUCGUGAGGUUGGCUUGUUUCUGUGCAACCUCCGUUGAAAUUUCUGAACUUUUUUCCAUCUUGUCAUACAGAAUAUGCAAGGAGCAUGUUUGUCAGCCAGGAUUGCUGCGGAAUUGUAUUCAGGCUCCUAGGAAAUGGCUUUCGAGGAUGCUCCUAGUAUUCUCCACGAGGCAUCUUUUGUCGGAACUCACGCCCGAAGCAUCUCUUCCUUCAUUCCUACUCUUCGCGACUUUUUGCACUCCCUCCAGCCCAAGCUGGCUGGAGUUGAGAGUUUCUUUUCGCAUUACCAUUCUUUUCUCCCACUAUUCUCAUUUCUUGAGACAAACCAAACCCUACGGCAUGGGGAACCCCAUCACGCGAAACAUGACCCCAACUGUUCUCCCGCGAAUACCUCUGUCAAGCCCGCCUUCCAACAGGAUCUUGAAAAUCAGGAUUUCUCGCCAAUGUUUACCUAGUCAAUGACCUCCCUCGAAGCCCUCUCAUGCAGUGCUGGAUGCUAGACAUCGCCUUCUCUCGCCUCUUUCCCCUGUACACACCAAGUCUUUCAAUUCGUCCCUCUACUUCAGCAACUUCGUCACCAGACUCAGCCUCUGAAGCCUCUCUCAUCACUUCCCCUAACAGGUUCAACUCAUGCGAGGAUUUUCAAUGUCCACACACCACUCUUGUCAAAUAAUUACAAAUUUA